CAACCGCUGCACAGCAGCAGAAGAAGCACUGUGAAAGUGUGAAGUUUGUAAACAUGGAAGCUAAUAAAAUAAAUUUUUGUGUAGUGUCUUGUGUAUGUAGUGAGUUUGCGGAUUGCGAAGCAGCUGGUGACGAGACCAGACUAAUCCUGAAAAUGUUGAAAUUUGCUAGCAUUCAUAACGAAAAGUGAAUGCGCAGAGCCUUGGCCAAAAUGAAAGAUAUGAUAAAUUUCUUAGUGUAAAAAAGAAUGAUAGUACGUCGCAAUGCUUGCCAAUCCAGCAGAAUCUACAGCUUAGAUUUCAGGACGCUAUGUCAUUCUUACCUGCAAGGUGCUAAAAAACAAAAGCUAGUGUAUUUAUUCUGUGUUUCUAGGUGUUGGUGCCAAAAACAAUGUGUGUGUUAAUAGGCUGCGUAGGAAAGCGCUGACUAUUACGCAAUUUCGUGUCCUAUAUUUGUUCGCGGUCAGUUAUGUGUGUCAGUGCCCUUGCCUUGUACCUACUUUCCGGACAAUGCUAAAAUAUUAAAUGGGACGAGUGUAAACACUGGCUCAGCGGAGUUUUGUUGGUUAAUGCUAAUGAAUGACGUGCUACAGUGAUCUCAGAAACUGGUAGUUUACAUAAAAUUUAUAAAUACACCAUGGUAGGAAAUCCGCACAGAUAUCGUGCUGCCUUACACCCACUAGAAAAUAGACAUGCUACUGCAGGUUGCAUGUUGGCAGUACUUCUGAUGUUUCCACUGGCAGCACGCAGCUAUGGCUUACCUGUUGUCACAGUCAUUUCACUGCUGUAUGUUGGGAUUGUAGUGCCAGUAGCAGCAGGGUUUAUGUCAUUGUCAACUAUCAUACAUGCCCUUAGGCAGGUGUGGGAGCAGGUACAUGAGUGGGCACUGCGUGGGCCUGCGUGGUGGCUGAGACUAGCAUGGCUGUUGUCCGUGUCCAUGCACCGUCUCAUUGUUAAUCGGGUUUCAACUAGACUGCACAUCACUCUCAACCAGAUACUGUUUUUCAUCACUAUGGAGAAGGCAAUGUGUCCAAAUCAGAGAUGCGUCAGUUUGUAUUUGUUGCUGUUUUAUUCAGUGCUGUUGUAUCUUCAUCAAUCUCUCAAGGCACGGCACUGGGUGCAGCUCUCAAGUGAUACAACUACAGCUGACUUGUUGCGACUUACAACAGCUUUCAUUAUGGCACGGCUUGCCAAAGGAGUUGCUUUGUCAUUGGUGCUUGUGACAUUUACAAUGCAUGUUGGUGACUUAGAACCAAGCUUCAGUUUUGUUCUUGUGACAGCCAUGUACUUCUUGUUGACAGAAUUCCCAGCAAGGCCUGCCGUGAACCACUGGCUGAUAGAAGCUAUGGUUAGUUUAGAUUUGACAGUUUUGGAAGGCUUAGAAGAAUACUGGCUCCCUGUACUGUUCAGCGGAGGUGCUGUGAUUCUUUCAGCUCUGGCUUCCAUUCUAGCUGGGCCAAAAUACCGGUUAUUGCGUAUUAUACUUGUGUAUCAUAAUGUUUGGGCAGCAAGUGACUAUGCAUUGGAAGAAUGUGUGAUGCCACUGAUUCAACAGUAUCGUAUGCUACAACAGUUUCCUUUGGCAUCUCAUAAACAAUUAGCAGACACACCAACAUGUGCCGUGUGUCUCGACGACAUGCGCAUUCUUGCAACCCGAGUGACUCCUUGUGGUCACCUAUUUCAUGCAAGAUGUCUGCGUCGAUGUCUCCUACUUAGCAGGCUCUGCCCAUUAUGCAAGCAAGUUAUGUAAUUUUUUGACUAAUAAUAUACUUGUUUGUGUGUUGUUUCAGGCUUGAUUAUACUUAAUCAAACUUCUCUUUGACUGGUGUUCCCAAUGCAGAAUCAUGAAAUUUCACAUAAGUUCUCACGUCAUAAUUGAUCCUUCAUUUUGGAGGUAGUAAUAAUUGCAAACACCUUUACUAUGGCAUGGAGUGAAGUGGGUUGUAGCUGUCAAUAUAGUUGCGGAAUAUGGUUAAGUGUGUUCGGGAAGGUAAUACAGCAUAAUGAUAUUUGUGUUUGUCAUUCAUAGUAUGAGGCAUAAGGCUGAUGUGAUGCUCUAGUGAAAACAAUUCAGGUAAUCAAAAGUCAUCCUCAGGAAAAAGUGUAUUACCAUGUAGCAUUAUGUAGGUUUACCAGCAGCUGCGGAAGUUUAGGUUUGCAAGUGUUACAUUUGAGAGUUGUAGAUGACAGGUGAUCAUGAUAGCAGAGGACUGCUCAUAUCUUUAUAAAUCACAGCUGUUAUCAAUAAUAUUCAUGGAGGUGUUACCCACUAGUAGGAGAAGGUGUCUGACCAAUGGUACUAUUAAUACAAAUAUGAAUAUAGCUUAUAUUCACUGUACUGCCACAGAGCAAACUGUAAACAUUUCUUCUGUAGAACUUUUAUAUAAAUUCAGAUUCACAAAGGAAUGUUUUCUGUGUGCAGAAUGAAAAUUAUGAUGUUAAAAUAUCAGUCUGAUGCCCUUUUAACUGUAAAAAAGUAUUUUUAUUGUUUUCUGGAAUAUUACUACUUCCUGGAUCUUAUUUCUUUGAGAUGAAAGGAACUGAAUGUAAAGAAAGAACUUUCUGACAGUGUUCAAAAGUUUGAAAUGGGGGCUUAAUUCUUUUGUCACCCACUGACAAGCAGCAUAUAAAUUAUUAAUACUGAACAGUGUAUUAAAGAUCUGUAAUGAUGAAAUUUACAGUUAUGUUCUGACAAAUAUAUCAAUGAAAACAAUCAA